GACCGGCGUCCAGACGCCACUGCAACUCCAGAAUCCGUGGAUUCAUCCGAACGAAUAAAUAAAUAAAAUAGGGACAAUGUAGUCGAGGGGUUGUUGAGAGUUCUCACACUCAAAUCACAUAAGUCUUCCAUUAGAUUUAAUAAUUAAUCUUAAGACACAUUAAUCGAAAAACUACUCAACAAAUUUAUAUCGCGUUAAUCAAUUUUCGAGGAUUUUUUGAUGAAUUAUCGAGAUUAUCGAGAUCAUUCGAGAUAUUUAAAUUAAAUAUUAAUAAAUAAUAAUAAUUGCUGUUGGUGUGUGCCUCAUCCGACGUCUUCCAAGGAUAUUAAUCAUUAAAAAUAAAUUAUUAAUUACUAAGAAGAGAUUAUAAGCCGAAUUUAUGGAGAUAAUUGACGAAUCUUGUGGAGGAAAAUAGCAAUCAAAGCCGCAGAUUAUUGGGAGUUAUUUGUUUAAUUAAAUAAAAUCAAAUGACAAUGUCUGCGUUUAUACCGAAGACAGCGCGUGGUCGGGGUCCACCUGACGGUCGGGCCUUUUUCGAGCGGCUCUGGCGGGGUAAUUUCUUCCUGGACAGGCAGAAGGUCAUCAAGAGAUCCAGGAAACGUAAAUUAAAUAGUGCUAACGGUAAAAAGAAGAUUCAGAUGAAGAACAGACAGCAUUGCUGCUGCUGUCAGAGGAUUCAGUUGCAUUUGCUCGCGGGAAAGAGGACUAGUGUCAAAUCAGUCGUGAGCGUCCGAGAGACACACCAGGUGGCAGAGGCACAGCAGGAGAAAAACGCCAAAUUGAGAGAGGCAUUUGGUAUAUCCGAGUACUUCGUGGAAGGUAGUAGUCUGGAUCCUGAGCGACACGCAAGAGAGGCAGAGGCUAGAGCAGCUGCUGGUAAAGUUUAUGAGUUAGUGCACAGUCCCAGUCCACCACCAGUCGAAGAAGCUCCAGCAACAGAUAAAAAAAUCAAGAGGAAGAGAUCAGCAAGCAGCACCAAGAAGAAAAAAUCAAAGAAGCACAAGAAGGACAGGUCCGAAUCACCCAAGAGUGGUAAGAAGAAGGAAAAAUCGAAGAAAAAGAAAAAGGAGAAGAAACACAAGAAAGAGAUAACAACGAGCGACAGUGAGUCAUCUAAUGAAGAUUCCGAUAACAGCAGCUCCUCCGGGGCAGAGAUCAAGAAGAAAAAACGAAAGAAGAAGAAGAAAUCGAAAACUGAGAGUAAAGACAAACAUGAGAAGAAAAAGACGACCAAGAGGAAGCACCAGAGUUCCUCGAGUUCAUCUGCCUCCUCACCAGAGCGUCCUAAAAAGCAUCAAAAACGUUCAAAGACUCCAGAAAAACUCCCAGUACCUUCAGCAUCCCCUGUUCGUCGUUCAGAGCGUUCGAGAGGGUCAACUCCACCCCAGAAACCUCGAGAAAUCGAUCGAGACCGUAAAAAAUCAAAAACCCCGCAGAAGGAGCACUUGACUCAGUCCUCUCACAUCUCGAGGCGCAAUCGUUCCACAUCGCGAACACAUGGUGAUCGCAACAGAAGCUCCAGGUCCCCGAGGAGGCAGUCGAGACAAUCGAGACCGAGGAGGACCUCUCCAUCCCCCAGAAGACGAAGAGUAUCUCGAUCUCCGCGCCGACCUUCUCGUUAUUCUCGUUCUCGCAGCAGGAGUCGUUCCAGAUACUCCAGAUAUACCCGACGCUAUGCGUCACCCUCCAGCUAUCGUAGAAGGGUUUCGAGGUCGAGAAGACACAUCUCCAGGUCUCCCGUUCGACGAAAUAGACGAGAGAGAUCCAGAGAGAAGAGGAAAACGAGAUCCAGAUCCAGAUCGCCAUUGAAGAGGUCAGUGAGUCGAUCGAAGAGAUCGAUAAGUCGAUCAAAGAGGUCCACCAGUCGAUCCAGACGCUCCAGGAGCCGCUCAAGACGCUCCAGUCUUUCUUAUUCCCCAGUGAGGCGACAUCCUGAUCGUUAUCGAGAUAUUUUUGAGGACAAAAAGAGAAAAACUGAGGAAAAAUCCAAGGGAAAAUCGAGAUCUCCAUCGAAAUCGGCUAAACCCAGGGUCAUUACACCGAGGGUGUCCCUGAGAUCAUCCAGCGAGGAUGAAGCUGACCCUGGGGAGGAUGAGAUAAGACCUGAGGAUGAAGAAAGAAUCAAGGAACUCAAUACCUUGAAGCAACUGCAGAGUGGAUUGGCAGCCAAAGCCAGAGAAUCAUUAGGAAAAAAAGCAAUUUCUCCAAUGAAAAUAAAAAUCGAGAAAAGGGACGAGGGCAUCCUGGACAUUGCCCUACCAGCGGAGCCUCCGAAGCCCCCGGGGAUGACUAUCACCGAGGUACGACAAAAAUCCCCCAAUUGCGAUGGAAAACUCGAGGAGAUGAGCAAGAAGGGACAAGAGUUGAGUAAAAUUGCGGAAAGAUCGGUGGAAUCCAGCAGAUCACCAUCCCCAGCACUACCCCUGACUCGUGAGGAGGCUGAAGAGCGUCCUGACAGUGGAUUUGGCAAGGCAGACGUGGAGAUCAAGCUGAGAUCGCCCUCGGAGUCACCUCCGUUGGCCUUGAGGGUCUCUAGAUCUCCUGAGAAGAAUAAAUCCUACUCACGCUCGAGAUCUAGGUCCUCCUCGAGGUCUCUCUCCCGUGAUAAGACCUCCCGAGGAUCGAGAAAGUCAAGGUCGAGGUCGAUAUCACCUCCCAAAAGAUCUAGAAGUGGCUCCAGGGGAAAGGCGAGUGUCUCUGCAAUCUCUCCGCCAAGAUCCAAGACCUCUAGAAUGUCCAGGAGUUCCUCCGGAUCGAAGAGAUCCGUCUCUAGGUCGAGAUCGGUUUCCUUGAAGAAAAUCAGGAGUAGGAGCAGAAGUGAGGAGAAAAAAUCAAGGAGUCGAUCGAUCUCUAAAUCCAGGAGUAGAUCUCGAUCGGUUUCCAGGGGGAGUAGAGGCUCCAGGGAUAAGGGGAAGAGGAGUCGCAGCAGGAGCAGCUCGGCAUCCUCUAGGAGUUCCAGACACAGCAGGAGGAGUUUCUCGUCUUCUUCUCGAUCCUCCAGCAGUGGCUCCAGUCGUUCCUCCAGGUCGUCAUCAAGCUCCUCAGGUUCCAGUCGAUCCAGAUCACCAUCAAUUCCACGACGCCACGGAUCGCCCAGUUUCCUCGAUAGGCGUCGUAUCACCAGCGCUAGGAAACGACCGAUACCCUAUCAUCGGCCAACACCAUCGCCUCCGUCGUCUCCUAGCACCAGUGUAUCCUCGAGAAAUUCUGAUUGGUCGAGUCCAAGUCGAAGAUCCAGUCAUUCACCAACUCGAAGCCCGUCUUAUACACGUUGAUGUGUACGUAAUCAAUUUUUUCUGACGUUUUUAAAACCAUAAACUCAAUAUUUGUGGAAUUAAGAGGAUUUUAGUUGUGAAAAAAUUUUCUAUUUUAAUUCCCUCCUGUCUUCUCGUUCAUUUUAGUCGAGAAAUAUUUCUUUUUGCUUGUAUGAAGAUACUCUAGUCAAAUUGAGAUUAUGAGAAUAAUCUGACCAAAUUCAUAAUGAAUUUAUUGUGAUUAAAAGGAUAUUUAGUGCAAUGUUGAAUUACCAUCAAUUUUUUCCACGUGUAAAUAUAAAUUAUUUGUACUAAUUAUUGAAUCAACACUUUAGAAAUUACUAAUUAUUGAGAUGAAAUGACAAUUCUAGUCAGUGAAUUUAUUUAUUCGAUACUCAUUUAUGAGCAAUUCAAGGAAAGUAUUCUUAGAUAAUUAUUUAUUUAAUUGCACGUAAUUGACGAUAUUAAUUCGAUAAAGUAUUGAAUAAUUGAAAUGUUAAAUGAUCUCUUAUUUAACUGUAAGAUAAUCUGUAUUGUUGUUGUGUGAUUAAUGAAUCCAAGCUUAACGAUAAUAAAGAAAAAAAAA